CGGGCGUCUUUUGUGCUUUCCCCCGCCGGUGUUUAUGCUGAACGCGGUCUCGCCGAGUAAGCUUCAGAGAUGGAAGAACUUAUCUAAGAAGAACCUAAUUUACCGUAUCAGUCCAUUUUAAUUCUCUUAAAAACUCUGGCUUUGUUGCCACUUCCUUAUCAGGAUGGCCGAAAAGGCUCCAGGUAUGAACAAAAAUACAUCCAGGUCUACACAGUCUCUUCCACCAGAACCAGUGGACAUAAUCAGAAGCAAAGCAUGUUCUAGGAGAGUGAGAAUCAAUGUAGGUGGACUCAAUCAUGAAGUUCUAUGGAGGACGUUAGAUAGACUUCCACGGACACGUUUAGGGAAGCUCAGAGACUGCAAUACUAAUGACUCUUUACUAGAAGUAUGUGAUGACUAUAAUCUUAAUGAGAAUGAAUAUUUCUUUGAUAGACACCCAGGUGCUUUCACCUCUAUCCUGAAUUUCUACAGGACAGGAAAGUUACAUAUGAUGGAGGAAAUGUGUGCUCUCUCUUUUGGCCAAGAAUUAGAUUACUGGGGGAUUGAUGAAAUAUAUUUAGAGUCCUGUUGCCAGGCAAGGUAUCAUCAGAAGAAAGAGCAAAUGAAUGAAGAAUUAAGGAGAGAAGCAGAAACAAUGAGAGAAAGAGAUGGUGAAGAAUUUGAUAAUGCUUGCUGCCCAGAGAAAAGGAAAAAACUCUGGGACUUGUUGGAAAAGCCCAAUUCAUCAGUGGCUGCAAAGAUUUUGGCCAUUGUAUCCAUAUUGUUCAUUGUACUAUCCACCAUUGCUUUGUCACUCAACACUCUACCUGAGCUUCAAGUAAUUGAUGAAUUUGGACAACCAAAUGACAAUCCUCAGCUUGCACAUGUUGAAGCAGUGUGUAUAGCAUGGUUCACUAUGGAGUACCUUUUGCGUUUUCUGUCCUCUCCAAGCAAAUGGAAGUUCUUCAAAGGUCCAUUAAACGUGAUUGAUUUGCUAGCCAUUUUGCCCUAUUACGUCACUAUUUUCCUCACAGAGUCCAACAGAAGUGUGCUGCAGUUUCAAAAUGUCCGCCGUGUAGUUCAGAUAUUCCGUAUCAUGAGGAUACUGCGGAUCCUUAAACUUGCUAGACAUUCAACUGGACUUCAAUCUUUAGGAUUUACCUUACGAAGGAGUUAUAAUGAAUUGGGUUUAUUGAUACUAUUUUUAGCUAUGGGAAUUAUGAUAUUUUCCAGUCUCGUGUUUUUUGCUGAAAAAGAUGAAGAUGCUACAAAGUUUACAAGUAUUCCUGCAUCAUUCUGGUGGGCUACCAUCACUAUGACCACAGUAGGUUAUGGUGACAUUUAUCCCAAAACUUUACUAGGUAAAAUAGUUGGUGGAUUGUGUUGCAUUGCUGGAGUGCUGGUAAUAGCCCUCCCCAUUCCCAUCAUAGUAAACAACUUCUCAGAGUUCUACAAGGAACAAAAGCGGCAGGAGAAAGCUAUUAAAAGAAGGGAGGCGCUUGAACGAGCAAAGAGAAAUGGAAGCAUUAUCUCAAUGAAUUUAAAAGAUGUCUUUGCUCGCAGUAUGGAACUGAUUGAUGUAGCUGUUGAUACUGAUAAAACUGAGGAAGCAGCCAAUUCAAAGGAAACUCCCGAUGACAACCACUUGUCUCCAAGCCAUUGGAAAUGGGCCAGAAGGACCAUGUCUGAGACAAGUUCUAAUAAAUCCUCGGAGAACAAAUACCAGGAAGUGAGCCAGCAAGAUUCACAUGAACAGCUAAACAACACAGCAGCAACCUCCAGUCCUCAACACUUGAGUGCUCAGAAACUUGAAAUAUUAUAUAAUGAAAUUACAAAAACUCAGUCUCAGCCUAAUCUGAAUUCCACCUACCAAUGCCCUUCAGUGAAACCUCCCCUCUAUGAGGAGGAGAUAGAAAUGGAAGAAGUUACUGGACAAGGAGAUGCAUCUAUAACAGGACCCAAAGAAGUCAUUCCUGAUAUGAGAAGCACUUCUAGCAUUGACAGCUUUGCCAGCUGCGCCACUGAUUUCACAGAGACGGAACGGUCACCUCUUCCUCCAUAUUCCAGUUCUCAUUUGCAACUAAGAUUUCCCAUUGAGUUUUCCCACUUAGAAGACCAAACAGCAAAAGAUUCCCAGCUUUUACCAUUUAUGAAAGAUAAAAUAUUUGCUCCCAGGGAUACCUGCUUUGAUUACUCCUCAGUGAAUACAAUGAUGAGCUCUGAGAGCUGUCCUCAUCCUCUCCUUCAUGGUCACUUUCACUUUGACAAUGCCAUGGAGAGUCCCAAAAGUUCUUUCAGGGGAAGCAACCCUCUAAAAUCAAGGUCCCUUAAAGUUAAUUUUAAGGAAAACAGAGGUGGUGCUCCACAAACCCCACCAAGCACCACAAGGCCAUUGCCAGUGUUGGCAACAGGAGGCUUCCUACAAUAUACCCCUCAGCAUAUCAGUACUAUCCUCUUAGAAGAGAAUUCACCACAGGGAGAAAGACCCCUGCUGGGUGCAGAUUCUUCUGGAGCUUCUAAGCAAGCAUGCCCUUUGUUCCCCAAGCAGAAACGUUUUUCUUUCCCUCCCAAAGAGAGAAGUUUCACUGAAAUAGACACUGGUGAAGAAGAAGACUUCUUGGAAAUCCCUGGUAUAAGGCACAACAGGCAGUUGGAUAUCAAAGCAAACUGCUUUGGGGAUAAACUUAAGGAUGGGAACUAUGUAACAGAAGAUUCUGAAGUCAGUUCUUCUUCACCCAAACAUUUAGGUCAUAAUUGCACUCAAGACAUUUACCAUGUUGGAAGGGAAAUAACAGGGGACAAUAAUCAAGAAGGUCACAAAAUGGAAAACCAUUUGUUUUCCCCAGAAAUCCAUACAAAUCCUAGUGAUCCUGGUUACUGUCCCACCAGAGAAACCAGCAUGUGACUAAU